GGGGAGACUUGUAAGGGCUGUUCCCGAUUUUGAAGGUGCUAUGAAUCUACUCGUGCGCCCCCUUGUGGAAGGAUUCUGUGAGAUGAAGUCAGGCAAGACAAGAUCAUUAGAUCCUGGUGGGACUGAUAUUCAGAUGGCUAUUGACUUUGCAAAGCUCUCCCCACGACCACAACCAAUCAGCCGGGAAGAGCUGGCAGUACAGAUAGUGAUGCUGACGAUGAGGGGGUUUGAUGCUGGCAAACAGCUUCAGACGUGCCUGAACUUUCACGGGCUAUUAUCGAGGAACUCUCAGAUGAUGAAGAUGUGGAUAGAGCUAUAGUUGAGGGUCGGCCCAACUAUUAACGCAGCUAUUAGCGGCCUCGGCCACCUAACUCACCCAGACGGGCCAGACCGCAUCUACGCAAGAAGCCACACCGAGUACCGCACCAGAAGAGACAACUAAACCCCGGCCGAAAAGAAAAGCGAGAAUCCCAAGGCCGAACAAAGAAACUCUAAUUACCG